AUGCGUCGGUGUUCCGGAGUGGCGCUACUGGAGCUGGAGGCCCUGCCGCUGGAGGCGCUGGCGCUGGAGGCACUGGUGCUACUAGAGCUGGAGGUGCUGGAGCUGGAGGCACUGGAGCUUGAGGCACUGGAACUGGAGGUGCUGCUGAUGUUGGAGGUGCUGGAGGUGGUGGAGGUGCUGGAGCUGCUGGUCCUGGAGGUGCUCGUACAGGAGGUACUGGAGCUACUGGAUCUGGUGGUGCUGCUAGUGCUGGAGGUGCUGGAGGUCCUGGAGGUGUUGGAGCUGCUGCUCCUGGAGGUGCUCGUGCUGGAGGCACUGGAGCUGCCGGAGCUGGUGGUGCUGCUGGUGCUGGAGGUGCUGGAGGUGCUGGAAGUGCUAAAGCUACUGGUCCUGGAGGUGCUCGUGCUGGAGGUACUGGAGCUGCUGGAGCUGGUGGUGCUGCAAGCGCUGGAGCUGGAGACCCAGGAGUUGGAGAUCCUAGAGCUGGAGACCCUAGAGCCAGGGGUGCUGGAGAUGAGAGUACUGAGCGUCGUGAGCCUGAGUCUCGUCCUGCUUUGCCUGUUCGCGCUGUUCGCACUGGUUGUCGUGUCCCUCGUCGGCGUCCUCCUCCUGUCUCAGGCACACAUGGUAUGGCACUUCGUCCUUCCUCUAUUCCACUGCGAGUUCCCUUGCCGUCUCCUCCGGCGUCCUCUCUUCCUGACGUUCCGGACCUUGAGUCUGACUUACUUCGUGCUGCCAGUCCUACUAUCACGCGUCUUCUAG